CGGCACAAAACUCCUCACAUCCUCAGCAAAAAGUGAAAAAAAAAAAAACCUCGAAACCUCGAAAUCGAUCAGAAAAAAAGAAAGCGGCAAUGGCGAACGAGAAGACGGUGAUGGCGGUCAUCAGGGCAGCGAGGCCGUCCUUCCGCAACAACCACGACAAGAUCGCAUUCGCGGUCCACGCCUCCUUCCUCGCCUCCGGCUACGUUCUCACUGCCACCGGACCCGCCGCCUCCUCCGACACUGCCUUUUCCUCUCCGUCCACCGAUGAGGUGGGCAUGGACAACUGGCAGGAGCUAGACGAUGAGUACGCGUUCGUGUAUACGAACCCUGAGAAGGGUUCGAAGAAAGUGCUAGUGAAGUGCCUUGCGAUGCACGAUAAGUUACUGGUCGAUGCUCUGGCUGAAGGGGCUUCCGAGCCGGUUCAUCUAGAAAUUAGUGUCGGAGACUAUGCUGUAGAAAACGGGGGCACUAAUUAUUCUACGCGGUUCAAGAAUCUGGAGGAGCUGGUAAAGAGUCUGGAUGCUCUGAUUCUGUCUAAAUUGGACGGUUCUUCGCGACCCAGUUCAAGUAAUGAUUCAAGUUCGGAAACCAGUGAAGCAUCAAGAAGUAACAUAAUUGGUGUUCCAUUUGGCAGACCUCCAGGCCCUCAAGUUCAUCCUUCAGGAAUCCUAUAUCCUUCUAUAAAUCCCAUUGGUGGUAGUGAUCUCUUUCCUGGGCCUGGUGCUGGAAUGUACCCAACCAGGGGUGAUUUUGGAAUUGGUGGGAGCAUGCUUCUAGGACCCAAUGAUCCAAGCUGGCUUGGUGGAGUUGCGGGAGAUCCUGCUUUCCCUGGAGGACAACUGGGUGUACCUCCAGGUGCUCGUUUUGAUCCCUAUGGCCCACCUGGUGUUCCUGGUUUUGAGCCUAAUCGUUUUUCAAGAGCCCCACGGAGGCCUGGGAGUGGGACACAUCCCGAUCUCGAGCAUUUUGGGAGCGGUUCAGAUUUUAUUUAGAACUGUGUUUCAAUAAACUUUGUUCUCUCGUCCGCCAUCCAUUUUAUGUAAACUUAUGGAAUUUCAGCCCUAACGAGACAUGAAAAGGAUGCAUCAUCUUCCCCUUUUAUCCAGCUAUGUAUUUAAUUCUCCCUAAUUUUGUUUGUUUUGGGGCUCACAGCUAUGUAUAUAUGUUAUCGAGUUUGAAUAUGAUAUUAUAAUAACUAGAUUUGCGAUC